UUUUUUUUUCAUUACUCAUAUAAAAUGGUCGUUUGUAAAGUCUGUGAAAAUCAAGAAUCUAAAUAUAAAUGUCCUACCUGCCACAUUGCUUAUUGUUCCUUAACCUGCUAUAAAAAACAUAAAGAGAUCCCCUGUAGUAUAGUUGAAUCAAAUGAUAGUCAACAAUUCACAAGGAAGGAAAUCAAACCAAUAAGUGCUCCCGAUGAAGAAGAUCCUAGUCAACUUAUAAAACAUUUAGAUUCAUCCUCUAAACCAGAGUCUGAAUUGGAUUCAGCAAGAGAUAAUGAUCCUAUUUUUGACGAUUUUGCAAAGAAAUUAGUGGACAUUACUUACACCGAAAAGCUGGAAAAAUUUAUGGAAAAGCAGAGGAAAAAAAAGAAACAAAAUAUCAAUAAUAAAAAUAAUCCUAUACCCUUUUAUCAAAUAAAAACUGUAACACAUUUUACAAACAAAAUGCUGUGA